CUAGUCAAAGUGAAUAUUUAUUUAACAUUUUUAUUUUUAUUUUUAUUGUUAUUUAUUUAUUAUUUUAGUAAUUAUUACAGUAUUAUUUUCAAUGUCUGAAUCUGGAGAUGACUCGUCGGCGUCAACCGUCGCCUCCCCACAAUGUUCGCCGCACUCCUCGAUAGCUUCCUCAAAAGCUUCUUCACCGGCGUCGUCACAAGCUUCAACACCACCGUCAUCACCGACUGUAGUAUUGCCUAAUUCGCCGAUCAAGAAGGACUUAACCGUCAAGAGGCCUACGCUUGCCCAUCCGUCGACGGCUGUCAUGGUGACCACGGCCAUUAAGUCGUUGAAGGACAAAAAAGGGUCUACUUUGCCUUCGAUCAAGAAAUAUAUGGCUAUCAACUAUCAAGUGGAUGCGGCCAAGUUUGCCCCAUACAUCCGCAGGUAUCUGAAGUCAGCCGUCACCAAGGGCGAGUUGAUUCAGACAAGCGGUACCGGUGCCAACGGCAACUUUAAACUGCCAGCCGCCGAGAAAAAACCCGUCGCGAAAAAGAAAGCGGGUGUCCCCGUCAAGAAGAAACCAGAAGCGAAAAAACCGAUUGCCAAGAAAACACCCAUCGCGACAUCCGGCAAGAGGAGGUCUAUCGAGGGGACGACGACGACGUCCACCAUAAUCCCUGUUCAUUUACAAUCUAAAGCAUUAAUAGGAAUUUGUGGUCGAGCGUUUAUUCCAAAACCAAAUGUUGAUGUAGGCGUUGUGCGUCUUACACCUCUGAAAAAACCAAUUAUUGAUUUACCAUUUGACAUAAUUGAAAAAGUUAUCAGGUCUGUGUUUAAUUUCAGACAAAAACAUUGUAUUCGGGGCGUUGAGACACUAUUUCCAAAACCAGUCAGAGAACAACUCGCUAGCGAAUUACUAACGGCCGCAGCAAUAGAACCAAGCACUAGACCAUUCCAAUUAACUGUCAGUGAAUUUGGUCGUAUCAGUGAGGCGUACAUGAAUAUAUGCAAGGAGAAGCCGGACUACAUGAAAUAUAAUUACCGUGGACAGAAAUCUGAUGAUAAUUGGCCUUUUGUUGAAAUUAAUAAUUCAGAUAGCAACGAGAACAUAAUAUCGAUAAAUGAAUAUUAA